GCUAGGAAGGCAGUUCUCUUGUCCAAGAUUCAGCUGUCACUGGGUAACUUCUCCUGUAACUGCUUUCAUUACCUGGCAAACUAUGGACAUCAGUCCAAAAGUGCAGCAAGUCAAAAGACGAGUAGAUUCAAAGUUAAGUUAUACUGAAAUAUUGCAGGAAGAGGUAAAGAAAAGCCAAACAAAAUACCAAGAAAAUCACAAAUCUGAUUAUGACAACAAGGAUGGAACUGGAGCAUCUCAGUUUAGAAGUUCCAAAAAGCAGGGACAGUUUCUAUCCAAUAUCCCUUUCUCAAUUCCCAAACCGCUUACAGUCUCUUCAAACCUGGGCGGCCUGCCUAUCUCCCUAGAAAUGGCAAUGGGGCUCCGAAAGAUGUUAUUUGGAAACACAUUCCACGUCUUCAGCUAUGAAUGGAAAAAAUCAUGUUUCAAGUUCCACGCUCCAUAUUCUGAACUAUCCUAUGCUUUGGAGGCAGAAAAGGGAGGAGCAAGAGCAAUUCUGAUGGCUGUACAGGUGUACAUCAUUAAAUACUGCUUGUUCGUAAGAAAUAGAGAGGAAAAUAUUCCCCUCCAAAGUUUACGUGAAAUAAGCCAAACAGAACAAGAAAACACUCUUGCAGAGUCUCUGGGAGAUAUUCUGUGGACAGCAGGGGAAGGUCGGAAAGCCACUGUAUGUCUUGUCACCACUGAUACUUAUUUUACGCCCAGUAUAGACUACAAAGUAGAUAACUUGACUGAAAGACUCCUGCUGUUUGAAUUUUUUGGGAAAGAAGCGGCUCAGAAAUUUAUCUGUGAUCAUAUACAAUGUUUCAAAGGUGAAGGAAGCCAUGGUGUGAUCUUAUUUCUAUAUAGCUUGCUUUUCUCUAGGACAUUGGAAAGGCUCCAAAAAGACCUAGACUUCACAACAUCUCAUCUGUUACAAUUCAGUCUUGGAAACUUCAGCUGUAGACAGGCAAUUCUCAACGUCAUUUUAACAGGCAGAGCAAGUCCGCAUGUAUUUAAUGGGUUCCAGAAACUUGACAGUGAAGGUGGAGUGCAAGAACUAUUGCAUGGAGUCCUGGCCCGCAGUGAUGUGGGCUAUUUACACUGGAACAAGGAGGAAGUGGAGCAUUACAGACCCCUCCAGGUUGGAAGCAUGCUGAAGACUCCUAAAUUACCCAUCUGGCUGUGCAACAUCAAUGGAACAUACAGUGUUCUUUUCAGCACAAACAGGCUGCUCUUAUCUGACUGGAAAAUGGAACACAUCUUUGAUCUUUACUUAUAUAAUGGGCAGCCAUCACAGAAAAAAACAGUACAUCUAACAGUAGACACUCAUUCUCAUCAUUGGGAAAAGAAUUACUGUGAAGAAAGUGAUCCAGAAAAGAGAUUUCCUUCUGUGGAGAUGGCAAUCAGAACUAAGUGGGCGGGGGCAGCCAUCAACUGGAAUGGAACUGUCCCAUUCUUCUGAAGAAAGAGACUGCACAAACGUGGCAUCCACUGCCCCGUGACUGGCUCUGUAAAGUACUGAAGGCCACUGCGGAUAAGAAUGCUUUGUUACCAUUAAAACAAUCUUUGGUAUCUUAACAGGACCCAGCUUAGACUGGCAUUAUGUCUACUACGAAUCACUUUGCAUUUGGUUAUAAAUUAUCAUUUAUGAGACAGAAGAAUUCAUUAUUAAACUAUUGCAAUCUAUACAAGAAUUCUGGGAGGGAGUGUAGUUUAUGAUACACACACACACUUCUCACAGCUGCAGGCUCAAAAAAGAGUAAGGAGAAAAGUGGAGCAUGGCAACUUUAUGGGGGAUGAAGGGGCCACACCAACACCAUUUUCUCCCAGGGCAAGCAGUGAUGUUAAUUGAAUAAUAGUAUCUGUAGGUGCUGUACAUAGUGGAAAUAAAAUCAGAGUCAAUGAAGUAAGGAUAGUAUAAAUGGCCAUUAUGUUCAUCUGAUGUGUAUGAAACACAAACUGCUCAACAUGUUUCAAAUUCUUUGCAUGUCUGACUUGUCACUUAAUUAAUGUAUAUUUUUUUUAAAUCUUUUACUGUAAAUAAAGAAAGUGUCCUAGUGGACUGAGCAUAGGAUUCGAAGCCAAGAACUAGAUACAGCUCACUUCUGAGUCAUUUUUGGUUGCAAGGUACAAUAGUAUGUGAUUUUUCCAAAUGCACUCAGCAUUGGCCUAACUUUGCUCCCACUGGGAGCAAAUAUGAGGCAACUCUGAGCACUUAUGAAAGUUCCACCUGAAGACUUUAAAUGUGAGAAUGUAGCCCUCUUCAAAUAUUGGAUGACAUUCAUUCCUGGAGUUUCAGGGUGGUGGGGAACAGAACUGCACUGUCUUCACUGGAGUUGCACCUUUGUGUCAGGACUCCGUUUCACACAGAGAUACCUUUAGCCUAGUGAUUGCUACAAGGUCUUUUGUGGACAGCUGUCCCUUCCCUCUGUGCAUUCCAUAUAUUAGGGCAACCAUCUUUUCAAAAGGCAAAAGCAGGACAUAUGCAGGAGCCCUGCACCCACGCUGUGGCCCCGCCCUCUGCUUCUCCUCCUCCUCUUCCCCUGAGGCCCCGUCCCCUGCUCCUCCUCUUCCCCCUCCCCCCUGAGGCCCUGCCCAGGCCAGAAGCUGGAGCCAAGCUAUGGUAUUUGCAGCCCAGGGAGCCUGGGCUGCUGUGGGGAGCCCCAAACCCUCCACCUGCCCUGAGUGGGGGGCUGGGUGCCCAAUAGCAGCCCCCAGCCAGUGUCCCUGCCCCCCCCAAGGCAUGCCACCCAGGACAGGUGGAGAGUCCCAGGCUCCCCACAGCGGCCCGGGCUACCUGAGCAGCUCUUAUUACUGCCUGACUCCAGCCUCUGGCCUGG